GUUGCGCAUCAAACACUCCCGAGGAAGACUUGAAGCUUCUAUUUUAUUCUAUUCGAGCACUCCUCUCAAACCAUCAACCACAUAAAAUGCAUGUUCCCAGCCUUUUCACUAUUGCUACUCUCCUCGCGGCAGCGUCCGCUGUCACCGUCUCUUAUGACCCCGGCUAUGAUCAGUCGUCCCGAUCUCUCACAGCUGUGGCCUGCUCCGAUGGCAAGAAUGGCCUGAUCACGAGGUACGGCUGGCAGACGCAGGGCAACAUACCCAAGUUCCCAUACAUCGGCGGCGCUCAAGCCAUUGCGGGAUGGAACUCGGCAUCCUGCGGUACCUGCUGGAAGCUCACGUACAAGGGAAAGAGCAUUAACAUUCUGGCUAUUGACCAUACUGGCGCGGGCUUCAACAUUGCCCUCACCGCCAUGAACGCUCUCACUAAUAACCAGGCUGUCAAGCUCGGUCGUGUCGAUGCUACAGCCACUCAAGUUGCCGUCAGCAACUGUGGAGUGAAAUGAUGUGUUGUGAAGGACACACGUUUUUGGCCAAGAAUGGAUGCAUAAUGAUUAUGAACGCAAUAAUGACAAGAGCUUUUUAUGUCGAGCUGGAGGGGGGUACGUUUUUUGAGAUUGAUAUAGUAGCUAAGCUCAACCGCCUUAUAUUUGCUAGUAAGGACUUUUGUCUCUUUCA